AAAAAAAAAAAAAAAAAAACUCACUUCACUCUCCUCCUCCCUCGCUAAAUUACUCUACUGAGUAAAAUAUCCUCGCUUUAAGCGCCGAUCGCCGGGAAAGCAUGUCCGUCGGAGUUAGGCAACUUACAGUUCUAGGCGAGUUCAAGCCAUUUGGCUUAAUUGCCGAAGCUCUCGACGGGAAACCGCUCGAUAAUCUCCCUGAUAAGUAUGAUUACUUCUUAUUCGACCCCGAAAUCGCCAGUGAACGCGACAGUUCGGAAGUCCGCGACGCAUGGGGCUCCUCGCCAACCGACCGCAGCGACCACGAGCUUUUUAUUCGAGGCAACCGGAUAAUAUGGUCAAUCGGAUCGCGUGUGUUCAAGAGAUUCACCUUACCUGCUGCAGUCAUUAUGAUGUUAUUCAUCAAGGAAGUGGAUAUCCUAUUUGACGAGAUCAUCAGUGCACUUGGGACUUUGACGAAAAGAACAAUUUGGACUAGUGAUAGAAUCUCUAUGGCAUCAUAUAACCAAGGAAAAAUGCAGCAUUCAGUGUGGGUUGCUGAAGUAAUUAAUUCUAACACUGAAGUAAUAGAUGGCAGUUUGGCUAAAGUAAUUCCUGCUGGUGUCUUACAAAAACAGGUCUCUUUCCGUAGAAUAUGGCAGGGGAAAGGUGCCCGGAAUUCUGCUUCUAAGGUUUUUCUGGCAACUGAUGAUGAUGGAGCUCCUGUUAUUUGUUUUUUGCUCCAAGAAGAAAAGAAGUUACUGUCAGUAACGCUUCAAACCUUUGAAAUCAAUAAUGAGAUCAUCUUUGAUAUCAGACCAGGCAUGGGCUGGAGCUUGCCUGCAAUUGCUGCUGCCUCUGUAAUUGUGACGCACCCAAGAAUGAAAGCGGGCCUGCUGCCAUAUUCGGACAUCAUCAUUUUGUCUCAAGAAAAUGCCCUUCUUCUUUAUUUCUUUUUUCCUCUGCCAGAGUUGCCUUCUUACUUGGGUAGAGGUCUUGUUUCUCAAAAUUUGGAUUUCUCGGAAACAACAUCAGGUGCACACGAGUUGAAGAUCAUAGGACUAUCUGAUAUUGUUGGGGGGCGAAUCAAUGUGAUAGUAAACAAUGGGCAGUUAUUGCGCUGUGUAUUACGAAGAAGUCCUUCAUCUUUAUUGGCGAAUGAUUGCAUAACAGCAAUGGCUGAGGGGCUGUCUUCUGAUCUUUAUAAUCAUUUCCUUGUUCUUCUCUGGGGAGACAGUAAUUCUGUCUAUUUAUCAGAGGCUAAUUCUAUGGUUGAUUCAGAGUGGGAUGCUUUUUGUAGCAUUAUUAAGCAGAUGUGCAGCAAGUCUAAUGUAAUUUCUAAAGAGCUCUCAGAGCCGGCUCAGGCGUCUUCUUGGGAGUUUCUUCUUAACAGCAAAUUUCACAAGGACUAUGUUGGGCUCAGCUCCACUGCUGCAAGAUCUUCUGGAAAAUCACUUGACCUCCAGGCUUCACCUAGUUCGAACAUAGAUGGUUCAGAAAGUAUAGAAGAUUCCUUUUACUCGGAAUUAUUGAUAAAGAGUUUAGAUUCUCUGCAUGCUGUUUAUGAAAGUUUGAAGUUGGAUAAUCUGCGGAAACGGGACUUGGAACUUUUAGCGGAUCUUUUGUGCAACCUCGCCAAAUGUUUGGGUGACGAAUGUUAUCUGGACCAUUAUAUCCGCGAUUUCCCCAGUCUCUCCCAAGUGGUUGGAAUAUGCACACAUUCUUUCUCCUCGAGAGGACCUCCUAGUUUAUUCAGAUGGCUUGACAACUGCUUGCAACAUGGAUGUAAUUCUGCCAGCAAAUGUGAUCUUCCAGAUUUGAUUCAUAAAGAUGGAAACUCUGUUGUGAGCUGGGCACGGAAGAUUAUCUCCUUUUAUAGUGUAUUAUGUGGUGCAAAACCGGUGGGGAAAAAGCUUUCAUCUGGUGUAUAUUGCAGAAUUGCUGCAGGGUCAUAUAGCACAAAUGAGGAACUGACUGUCUUGGCAAUGGUUGGGGAAAGAUUUGGGCUUCAGCAGCUUGACUUAUUGCCUUUUGGUGUAUCCCUUCCUUUGCGACACGCAUUGGAUAAAUGUCGAGAAUCACCUCCAACUAACUGGCCUGGGGCAGCAUACAUUCUUCUUGGCCGGGAAGAUCUAGCUUUAUCAUUUUUCACACGUUCUUGCAAGUCUAAAGAAUUUGAAACACAAACCAAUCUGAAUUUAAUCUCUAUGUCUACCCCUUACAUGCUACCUAUGCAUCCUGUUAUGGUUCCUUCUUCCUUUUCGGAUACUAUCGUAUCAGACAGCACUAAGUUUGAAGAUAUAGAUUCUACUGAUGGUUCCACAACAGAUGGAAUGGAGCAUAUCUUCAACUCUAGCACACAGUUGCGAUAUGGUCGAGAUUUACGAUUAAAUGAGGCUCAGCUCUGGCGUGUCGCCCAGAGGACUACUGCUCUUCCUUUUGGCCGUGGUGCAUUUACUCUUGCAACCAUAAAUACACUUUUAACAGAGGCCUUUACUGUUCCAAAGCUUGUUUUAGCAGGUCGGUUGCCUGCCCAACAAAAUGCAACAGUUAAUCUGGAUCCAAACAUAAGGAAUAUACAGGAAUUAAGAUCCUGGCCAGAGUUUCACAAUGCCGUUGCUGCUGGGCUAAGACUGGCCCCCCUUCAGGGAAAGGUGUCAAGAACAUGGAUAGCAUACAACAGACCUGCAGAGCCAAAUGUUGUUCAUGCCGGACUUCUUCUUGCACUGGGGCUACAUGGAUAUCUUCGUGUUUUAAGUAUUAGUGACAUCUAUUCAUAUUUUUCACAGGAACAUGAAAACACAACUGUAGGAUUAAUGCUUGGUCUGGCAGCUUCUUAUAGGGGGACAAUGCAACCAGCAAUAUCAAAGGCUCUCUUUUUUCAUAUUCCUGCUCGAUUUCCAUCUUCUUAUCCAGAGUUUGAGAUACCAACCCUUCUGCAGUCUGCAGCUUUAAUGUCAGUUGGAAUUCUUUUUGAAGGAUCAGCACAUCCACCGACGAUGCAAUUUCUUUUGGGUGAAAUUGGCCGCAGAAGUGGAGGUGAUAAUGUACUUGAGCGAGAGGGUUAUGCUGUUUCUGCGGGAUUGUCAUUAGGUCUUGUUGCAUUGGGCCGUGGAGGAGAUUCACUUGGUUUCGUGGAAAACUUGGUUGGUCGAUUAUUCUACUAUAUUGGUGGCAAAGAAGUUCAUAAUGAAAGAUCCCCCCAUAUGAUGCUAUCUGAUGAACCCAACCGUGGUACUGGGCAGAUGAUGGAUGGCACCACAGUCAAUAUUGAUGUUACUGCUCCUGGAGCAAUAAUUGCUCUAGCGUUAAUGUUCUUAAAGACUGAAUCAGAGGUGGUCGCAUCUAGGAUUUCUAUCCCACAGACUUACUUUGAGUUGCAGUACGUGAGACCUGAUUUUAUAAUGCUUCGUGUCAUUGCUCGAAAUUUGGUAAUGUGGAGCAGGGUCCACUCUUCUCAAGAUUGGGUUCAAUCCCAGAUUCCUGAAAUUGUCAAAGAUGGAGUCAAAGGUCUCAGAGAUGAUAUUGAUGAAAUGGAUACAGAAGCUUUUGUGCAGGCAUAUGUCAAUAUUGUGACUGGAGCAUGUAUUUCUCUUGGGUUAAAGUUUGCCGGUACGAAGGACGGAAAUGCACGGGAAUUACUUUAUGAUUAUGCUAUCUAUUUCUUGAAUGAGAUCAAGCCUGUUUCUGCUACAUGUGGGAAUACCUUUCCUAAAGGUCUGUCUCCCUAUGUCGAUCGUGGCACAUUGGAGAUAUGCCUUCAUCUAGUUGUUCUUUCCCUUUCUGUGGUUAUGGCUGGCUCUGGAGAUCUUCAAAUCUUUCGGUUAUUGAGAUUUCUUCGCAGCCGGAACUCUGCAGAUGGGCAUGCUAAUUAUGGCAUUCAGAUGGCAGUAAGCUUAGCAAUUGGUUUCUUGUUUCUUGGGGGAGGAAUGCGGACGUUUUCGACAAACAGCAGUUCUAUUGCUGCUUUGCUAAUUACACUUUACCCGCGCUUGCCUUCUGGACCAAAUGAUAAUCGUUGCCACCUUCAGGCAUUCAGGCAUUUGUAUGUCCUUGCAAAUGAGGCUCGCUGGAUUCAGACUGUUGAUGUUGAUACUGGCCUCCCUGUUUAUGCACCUGUUGAAGUUACCAUAGAGGAAACUGAACUUUAUUCAGAAACAAGUUUUUGUGAGGUUACCCCCUGCAUUUUACCGGAACGUGCUAUUUUGAAGAGAAUUACGGUCUGUGGCCCUCGGUACUGGCCUCAAGUAAUAGAGCUCGUUCCAGAAGACCGACCUUGGUGGAGCUGUGGAGACAAGAAUGACCCAUUUAAUUCUGGUGUUCUUUAUAUCAAACGGAAGGUUGGAGCUUGUUCAUAUGUAGAUGAUCCCAUUGGGUGUCAGUCGCUACUGUCACGAGCAAUGCACAAGGUGUUUGGUUUGGAAACUAUAAGAGCAUCCAAUCCAAGUAAUUGUAAGAACAGUGGACUCAGUUCUGAUACUGUAGAUCAGUUGGUCAGGACAUUUUCUUCUGAUCCUAGCUUAAUUGUUUUUGCGCAACUUUGCUGUGAUCCAUCCUGGAAUAACAGAUUUGAUGCUGAUUUCAAGGAAUUUUGCCUGCAAGUGUUGCUUGAGUGUGUAAGCAAGGACAGACCAGCCCUUUUACAGGUUUAUUUGUCGCUGUACACAACAAUUGGCUCAAUAACUGAGCAGGUUUUCAGUGGUAAAAAUAUCAUUGUUGAUUCUCUAUCUAUCUCUAGUUUGAAGCUUGCACUGACUUAUAACAAGGCCGUGUCAAGUGGAAGACUAACCUCUUCAAGCGGUAGCAUUUUGCAAGCAAUCUUUUUAUCAUCUUUAAGGAAGCGGUUGGAAGAGAUCCUAAGAUUUUCUGAGCAAUUGAAGAAUGAUUUUUGUAAUUAUUUGAUCUCGGGGAGGUGGCCCAUGGACGAUACCCUAGGACAGAAGAAUUCAGUACUACUUUCUUGGUAUCUGCAGUGGUUUGGUGUACCCGCUCCGUCAAUAAUCAAGACAGCAAUGGAGAAAAUCAAGCCCAAGCUCAAGUUGUCCUCUUCAGUUCCUUUCUUGCAUCUGUUGUUCCCUAGUACUCAUAUCGAUGCAAUCUGUGAAAUUAAUAGGUUUUUCUCUACCCAAGGUAGCAGUUAAGACCUGGCAACUGGCAUUCUGAAGAAGAGCAUUGUGUCCUUUUCUGUGGUGCCCCUGGUAACUGAGGCUAAUUAGGUUCCACAAAGGGGAAAGAAAAGCCCGGGUUUACUUUGCUGCCGAUGGUGUGCUAGCUUCAGUUCUCACAAUUCAUAUCUCAAAAGAUGAAAAUAGGAAUGCAUUUUCUUUCACUUCAGGUUAACAGUCUCUGCAAAUAAUUUUUGGUUAAGUUAUAGUUGAUGUUGGCCUUAGAAAUAGGCAAUCAAUUUUUGUUGUUGUAUGUGGAAAUUUGAAUGUCAAUGUAAAAAGGGAUUACUUGGCCGAAAAAAGGGAAAGAAAAGAAAAGGUACAAUGGAGUUAUCAAUUUUGUAGCAAUAUUAACAUAGUUGUGACUAUCUGGGUGAUUCUUAAAGAUAUUUAUUACAUAAUAUUAAUAGUACAAUGAAUUAUGCAUGCA